GAGUGUGUAUUGUUGUGUUGGAGGAGGUAGAAGAUGAAUCCCCCGCGUUCAUCUCUCACUUGCCACAGGAAAGUAAAUCCCUACACUCGCCACCGUCCACACGUGCGUUGCCAUCACUGGUACAAGCUAUAUUUAACGGAGAUCCGGAUGAAGUUCGAGCACUCAUAUUUAAGAAAGAAGAUGUUAACUUUCAGGACAAUGAAAAGAGAACCCCAUUGCACGCUGCUGCCUAUCUUGGAGAUGCAGAAAUUAUUGAACUGCUUAUUUUAUCUGGAGCUAGAGUUAAUGCCAAAGACAGCAAAUGGUUGACACCUUUACACAGAGCAGUUGCAUCUUGUAGUGAGGAAGCAGUUCAGGUACUUUUGAAGCAUUCUGCAGAUGUUAAUGCUCGAGACAAAAACUGGCAAACUCCUUUGCACAUAGCUGCUGCUAACAAAGCUGUGAAGUGUGCGGAAGCGCUGGUGCCUCUUCUGAGUAAUGUGAACGUGUCUGAUCGAGCAGGGAGAACUGCGUUACAUCAUGCAGCUUUCAGUGGACAUGGUGAGAUGGUCAAGCUUCUCUUGUCUAGAGGGGCCAAUAUUAAUGCUUUUGACAAGAAAGACAGGCGUGCCAUCCACUGGGCAGCAUAUAUGGGUCACAUUGAAGUAGUGAAAUUGCUUGUGGCGCAUGGAGCUGAAGUGACGUGCAAGGAUAAGAAAUCAUACACGCCUCUCCACGCUGCAGCCUCCAGUGGAAUGAUCAGCGUUGUCAAGUACCUUCUAGAUCUUGGAGUGGAUAUGAAUGAACCAAAUGCCUAUGGAAAUACACCUCUUCAUGUGGCUUGCUAUAAUGGACAGGAUGUUGUAGUGAAUGAGCUUAUAGACUGUGGUGCUGUUGUGAAUCAGAAGAAUGAAAAGGGAUUUACGCCUUUGCACUUUGCCGCUGCGUCAACACAUGGAGCACUGUGUUUAGAGCUGCUGGUUGGCAACGGGGCUGAUGUCAACAUGAAGAGCAAAGAUGGGAAAACCCCACUGCACAUGACUGCCCUCCAUGGUAGAUUCUCCAGAUCACAAACCAUUAUCCAGAGUGGAGCUGUAAUCGACUGUGAGGACAAGAAUGGAAACACCCCUUUGCACAUCGCGGCACGGUAUGGCCACGAGCUGCUGAUCAACACUCUUAUCACAAGUGGUGCUGACACUGCAAAGCGUGGCAUUCAUGGGAUGUUCCCCCUCCACUUGGCAGCCUUAAGUGGGUUUUCAGAUUGCUGCAGGAAGCUCCUUUCUUCAGGAUUUGAUGUAGAUACCCCAGAUGACUUUGGCAGGACCUGUCUACAUGCAGCUGCAGCUGGAGGGAAUUUGGAGUGCCUAAACCUUCUGCUGAAUACUGGUGCAGACUUCAACAAAAAGGACAAAUUUGGGAGAUCUCCACUGCACUAUGCUGCUGCCAACUGCAAUUACCAGUGCCUGUUUGCUCUUGUGGGAUCAGGAGCAAGCGUGAAUGACCUUGACGAAAGAGGCUGCACACCCCUGCACUACGCAGCUACGUCCGACACAGAUGGCAAGUGCCUGGAAUACUUACUAAGAAACGAUGCAAAUCCAGGGAUUCGAGACAAGCAGGGAUACAAUGCAGUUCAUUACUCUGCCGCUUCUGGCCACCGGCUGUGUCUUCAGCUGAUUGCCAGUGAAACUCCUCUAGAUGUUUUGAUGGAAACCUCGGGGACAGACAUGCUGAGUGAUUCAGAUAACAGAGCAACAAUAAGUCCUUUACACUUGGCCGCCUAUCAUGGUCACCAUCAAGCGCUGGAGGUGUUGGUACAGUCUUUGCUAGAUCUCGAUGUCAGAAACAAUAGUGGAAGAACACCCUUAGAUCUUGCAGCCUUCAAGGGCCAUGUGGAAUGUGUGGACGUACUCAUUAAUCAGGGAGCCUCAAUCUUAGUGAAAGAUUAUGUUUUGAAGAGAACACCCAUACAUGCAGCAGCAACAAACGGUCAUUCGGAUUGCUUGAGGCUGUUAAUAGGAAAUGCAGAACCACAGAAUGCAGUAGAUAUUCAGGAUGGAAAUGGACAGACGCCUCUGAUGCUGUCUGUCCUCAACGGACACACGGACUGUGUCUACUCACUGCUGAACAAGGGAGCGGAUGUGGAUGCCAAAGACAAGUGGGGAAGGACCGCCCUGCACAGAGGGGCAGUUACUGGCCAUGAAGAAUGUGUGGAUGCAUUACUUCAACACGGUGCUAAGUGCUUGCUUCGGGACAGCAGGGGCCGGACACCUAUACACUUGUCAGCUGCCUGUGGACACAUUGGUGUUCUUGGAGCCCUUUUGCAGUCGGCAGCAUCUGUGGAUGCAAACCCCGCCAUGGUAGACAAUCACGGAUAUACGGCACUUCACUGGGCUUGCUACAAUGGUCACGAGACAUGUGUAGAACUUCUUUUAGAACAGGAAGUUUUCCAGAAAACGGAAGGGAAUGCUUUUAGUCCAUUGCAUUGUGCCGUGAUAAAUGACAACGAAGGUGCUGCUGAGAUGUUGAUCGAUACGCUGGGUGCUGGCAUCGUGAACGCCACAGAUUCAAAAGGAAGAGGUCCUCUCCAUGCGGCUGCCUUUACGGACCACGUGGAGUGUUUGCAGCUGCUCCUCAGCCAUAAUGCCCAAGUCAACUCUGCAGACGCGUCGGGGAAGACACCUCUUAUGAUGGCUGCAGAGAACGGACAGACAAAUACAGUUGAGAUGCUGGUCAGCAGUGCUAGUGCAGAUCUGACUUUACAAGAUAACAGUAAAAACACCGCCCUCCACUUGGCUUGCAGCAAGGGUCAUGAAACUAGUGCCUUGUUAAUACUGGAAAAGAUAACAGAUAGAAACCUCAUCAAUGCAACCAACGCAGCCUUGCAAACACCUCUGCAUGUUGCUGCCCGAAACGGGCUGACGAUGGUGGUUCAGGAGCUCCUGGGGAAAGGGGCGAGCGUGCUCGCAGUGGACGAGAACGGCUACACCCCAGCUUUGGCCUGUGCUCCCAACAAGGACGUCGCCGACUGCCUGGCCCUCAUCCUGGCCACCAUGAUGCCUGUCUCCUCAAGCAGCCCUCUGUCCUCCCUGACAUUCAGUGCCAUCAGCCGUUACACCAACACCUCGAAAACAGUCAGCUUCGAGGCGCUGCCCAUCAUGCGCCACGAGCCCAGCACCUACUGCAGCUUCAACAACCUCAGCGGGGAGCCAGAGUGCCUGUACACAGACGUGGACGAGCUCAACGACUCCGACUCUGAGACCUACUGA